UUCGAGUAUGUUCGACAUUGGCCUCCGUAGGAUUGCUCGGCAUUCAUUGGCUGAUUGCGUGACUUACUCCUAACGUCAUUACGUUUUCUUGCGUAGCUGCUUCCUGAAGCCCAACAGCAAAAUAGACGAUGUUGGUCCUGGUGUUAGGUGACCUGCACAUCCCCCACCGAUGCAACACCCUACCAGCCAAGUUUAAGAAGCUGUUGGUGCCAGGCAAGAUCCAGCACAUCCUCUGUACAGGAAACCUCUGCACCAAGGAGAGCUAUGACUACCUGAAGACACUGGCUGGGGACGUACACAUUGUCAGGGGAGACUUUGAUGAGAACCUGAACUACCCGGAGCAGAAGGUGGUGACAGUAGGUCAGUUUAAGAUCGGCCUGAUCCAUGGGCACCAGGUGAUCCCCUGGGGGGACAUGGCAAGCCUGGCCCUGUUGCAGAGGCAGCUCGACGUUGACAUCCUCAUCUCUGGACACACGCACAAGUUUGAGGCCUUCGAAAACGAGAACAAGUUCUACAUCAACCCCGGCUCAGCAACUGGAGCCUACAAUGCACUGGAAAGCAACAUCAUCCCAUCCUUUGUAUUGAUGGACAUCCAAGCAUCCACAGUGGUGACGUACGUAUACCAGCUCAUAGGAGAUGACGUCAAAGUGGAGAGGAUUGAGUACAAGAAAUCCUAAACCCAGGGCUGAAAAGGGAGGGGUGAGGCAAGGGGUGCUGUCGUUCAGUGUAUCGUUUCAUUCCUUUCUACCUGCAGCUCCAACUACAUAACCACAAAAAAUGCUCUACCAUAACUGUUUGCUAACUUAACUCUAUAAAGAAAUUUAUAAUAUUUUAUGUCAUCCGCAUUGGCAUGUGUUCCACCCACCAUGUGGUGUCUGUAAAAAUAAAAUUAAAAAAUGCAAUUGUCA